CACCAUUAGCUAGACUAUGUAAGUAUAGUUUUGUUUCGAAUGAGAGUGCUGUGAGAAGUAGUUCUCAUGUUGAAUUCUCUGGCUAUUCAAAACCGCUAUGAAAUCUUCAGUCUAACGAUUACUCUUUGUAAUAUGGCAUGGUUUUACGAGAAGAUGAGCAGAGGUAUGUUUUAUUUUUGACUCUGUGUUUCUAGCUAAGAGUAUUCAAUGCGUUGUAAAUGAAACAGAUGAUCGAGAUAGCACAAAGUCAUCAACACCAACACACGAAGAAGUUACACAAUCAACAGAAAGUUCCAAUAUUGAAGAAAAUGUUAAUGAGUCACUCGAAAUAGAAAGUGGCUUACGUGCUGAAUGUAAGAGUUUUUUGGGAAAUGUGUUGUCAAGAGAAUAUACGUACAAUCCUCCAUUGAGAGCAUCAGUAAGACG